AUUAAAUUCCGACAUCUUACGAGCUGCUUCCCUGAAACCGAGCUCCGGUGAGAUCGAGGAGGCGAAAGGAAAGAGGGCAGCGCGUAAUCUGUACUCUAGACCAGAACCGAAGGGAGGGCCAGGGAGGAGGAAAGGAAGAGGAGAUGGGAAGGUCUUCGACUUCCUGCUUCAAGAUCAUCGGCUGUGGUGCCGGGGAUGCCAUCGACGACGACGAGCUCGUAGUGGAUGAGACAAAAGCUUUGGCGGACAAGCGUAGGUGGAGUUUCCGCAAGAGAUCAUCCAAGCAUCAAGUGCUUAACGAUAGCGUUAUCUCAGAACCUAUAUCUGUUUGCUCUAGCAAACAAAGCCAAGAAGCAUUGACCACUAAUCUCCACUCAUCAAAAUAUAACUUGCUAGAAAACCUGCCAGUGCAAGAGAAACCAGUUAAAAUGUGCCCUAUACCAUCAGAUGGAGUAAAUUCAGAGGCUCCAUCAUCUCUUUCUAACAGAAUUCUAACUCCAGCUAUCUCUGCUCUGAAUGAACCUGAUUUGAUUACUCUUCAGGCUGCUAUAAGGGGUUAUUUGGCUAGGAAAUUACUCCAUAAGUUUAAGAGUGUUGUCAAGUUGCAAGCAGUUGUGCGUGGACAUCUAGUAAGAAGACAGGCUAUUGGAACGUUGCGGUGUAUCAUAGCCAUAAUAAGAAUGCAGGCAUUUGUAAAGGCUCGUCAUUCUCGUCAAUUAAUUGGAAACAUACCUACCUCAAGAGAUGCCAAAUUCGAGGGAGCCAAAGCUUCUUCUGAGAAUUCGAAUAAAACAGCAAUAAAGGAUUUACUUUCAAAUAGCUUUGCUCGCCAGCUUUUGGAGAUCACACCAACUACAAAAAUCAUGUACAUAAAAUGUGUUCCCUCAAAGUCUGAUUCAGUUUGGAAGUGGUUAGAAAGAUGGAUGGUUAUAACAUCUCCAGGAGUAGGCCAACAUGAACAAAAUGCCAACUCAAGUAAUUUGGAACCAGAGACUGAUGAUAAAGUGGUAGAUAGUGAGCAGGAGAAAGAGAUUCCAGGCACUGUUUUCUCAGUUCUAUCUGAUGCUAAGUUGUCUUCAACACAAUUGUCAAUCAAUGAUGAUAGUAACAGUAGUGCAACCACUGAAAAUACUGAGAACUUUGAGUUACAAACUUUAGUGAUUACUUCAGAUGAUUCUAUCAAAUGGUUGCCAAAUGAUGAUGUUGAAAAUCUAGAGCUCAGAAAUGAGGUUUUCAACACUAGCACUGAAGAUUGUACAAACACUGAGAUGGUGAAUGACAGUCCAGCUUCUGUAUCAGACUCCAAAGCAUUGCAUCCAAACUUAAGCUCUGAAAUACUAGUUGAUACUGUGUCUGACAAGCUUGAAUCCACGAAGGACACAUCCAAUCAUAUAACUGAAAGUGAAUUAUCUGAACCAAUCGAGAAAGAAGGGAAGAAAUCUGUAAAUGUUUCCAAAAGAUCUAGUAUAAACACUGAGAUUGCGAGUCCAGCUUCCGUAUCAGAUUCCAAAGCAUUGCAACCAAACUUAAGCUCUGAAAUACUAGUUGAGACUGUAUUUGACGAGCUUGAAUGCACAAAGGACGGAUCCAAUCAUACAACUGAAAGUGAAUUAUCUGAAUCAAUUGAGAGAGAAGGGAAGAACUCUGCAACUGUUUCCAAAAAAUCAUGCAGCCCUGCAUUUAUUGCUGCCCAUUCUAAGUUUGAAGAAUUGAGUUUGAUAUCUACUGUUGCUCGCAAUGCUAGUUCAGGUAAUCUAAAUGUAUCAAAAGUGAAAACUGAGAGCAAUAACUCACAGGUGGAAUCUUUUACUAGCAAUACUGAGGCAAUUUUAGCAGAGAACUCAAUGUUCCAUGAUUCGAGGAUUCAGGCUGCAACUUCAGAAUGUGGUACCAUCUCUUCCACUUUCGAUUCUCUGGAGAAAUCUGAAAAUUAUGGUGGGAAAAUUGUUCUUGAAAUUGGGGCGCUGGAGGAACAGAACCAUGCUGAGAAAACUGUUAAUCUCCCAAAUUUGGAUAGCAGUGUUAAUAACUCUACCUUCAACUCUGAUAUAAAUGAAGCAAAAAGACCUGAUGGAGUGGAGCAGACUAUAGCUGACUUAGAUGUUUCACCUAGCUUUUUACAGGUUCAUCAAAAAGCAUCUGAGCCAAUUAUUUCAGAUUUGCAGAGCCAUCUGGAAGAAACAAAACAACUUAGGUCACCUGAAGGAAUUGGCAGAACUCAUGCAUCGGUGCCUGAUCCACAUGGCACACCAUCUAGUGACAUUUCUGUGAGUUCCAGUAAGAGUAAGAAGGAUCAUAGCAAGCCUACUCAUAGGCAAAGAUCUCAUUUGGCAGUUAAAAAGUCACCAUCCGACCCAGAUAAUGAUUCAGUUGGAAGAAAUAGCACAGAAAACUUAUUGAAAGAUGCAAAAAAUCCAAAGAGGCGCAACUCCUUUGGGAUGGCAAAGAUGGAUCUUGUUGAUCAGGAGCCCAGGCUCAUUAAUAGCAGUUCGCUUCCAGGUUAUAUGCAGGCCACUGCAUCUGCUAGAGCUAAAGCUCAUGUUAGUACAUCUCUAAAGUCAAGUCCUGAUAUGCUUGAUAACCAGUCUAAGAAAAGGCAUUCGCUGCCUAUUGAAAACGGAAAGCAGACCUUAUCACCAUCCCAAACUCAGCAGAUUGCAAAGAGCAAUGGAGUUCAACCUCGUAAUUCUGCUGAAAGAUGGCAAAGAUGAGGUGCAGAGGAGCUCAUGAUUGUAAAUUGGAUGUUACCCAUUCUUCCUGUGUUUCCUAUGCGUCAGAUUAUAUGUUACGCUGUGUGUUAUGUGUGUGUAGUUGGUCUGUUCGCAUUUUUGCAUGCAGUAUUUUGUUAUUGCAUAUGGUUUACAAAGAUUCAGAAUUUGUUUAAGAAUGGAUAUAUAUUGUCUUUUUUUUA